GCUACCUAUACAUUUUAUUUUUAAAAAAAAAAAAUUUUUGCUCCCCAGUGAGCAUAAUAUAUAUGAAAUUAUGAAUAAAGAUUUCUCCAACAUCUUAUUAUUACAAAACCAUGUGAGAGGAAUCAUGGAAGCUACAAAAUAUAAUCACAUCUAGCCAACAUCUUAUAAUUCCUCUUCCUUGUAUAUAUUCAUCAAACCUUGUAUUAUAAGUAACAUGUCAAUCUCCUUUUAUUCUCCUAACUCUCAACAUGACAUUGGUCACUACUUUGUUUAUUUACUUCUUAUUAAUCUUAUUUCUCUGCAAUAAUAACCACAGUAAAUAUGUAGUGGGUUUUAGACUACAACUGCCAGGAGGCAGAUCAACAAGAUUCUAUGAUUUCAAGGUGCAAACUACAAGGAUUACUAAGUUAUGUAACACAAAAGACAUUCCAACCAUCAAUGGAAUGUAUCCAGGUCCAGUUGUUUAUGCUCAAGAAGACGAUAAAGUUAUAGUCAGAGUUACUAAUCAAUCCCCAUACAAUAUCACAAUCCACUGGCAUGGCAUCAGGCAGAGGCUGUCGUGUUGGUCUGAUGGCCCUUCGUACAUUACACAAUGCCCCAUACAAACUGGACAAAACUUCACGUAUGAGUUCACUCUGGUACAACAGAAGGGCACAUUUUUCUGGCACGCUCAUGUUUCGUGGCUUCGAGCCACUGUUUAUGGUGCCAUUGUUGUUUACCCUAAGAAGGGUGUUUCUUACCCUUUCAAGUUCCCCUAUGAAGAGCAUAUCAUUAUUUUAGGAGAGUAUUGGAUGAAGGACAUGGUGCAAAUUGAGCAGGCAGUUUUAGCUAGUGGCGGAGCCCCGCCACCGGCCGAUGCUUUUACCAUCAAUGGCCAACCCGGCCCUAAUUAUAAUUGCUCUGCUAAUGAUAUUUAUAAAAUAGACGUGGUUCCUGGGAAAACAUACUUGUUAAGGUUAAUCAAUGCAGCUUUGAACCAGGAGCAUUUCUUUGCCAUUGCAAAUCAUAGAUUGACAAUUGUUGAAGUUGAUGCAGAGUACACAAAGCCAUUGACCACGGACCGAGUCAUGCUUGGGCCGGGUCAAACCCUAAACGUCCUAGUCACAGCAGAUAAGCCUAUAGCAAGAUAUUCAGUGGCCAUGGGACCUUACCAAUCUGCUAAGAAUGUCUCAUUUCAAAACAUAACAUCAAUAGCUUACUUCCAGUAUUUUGGUGCCACAGCAAAUGACUUCAGUUUACCUGCAGCUUUACCACGUUUUGAUGACAAUCUUGCCGCUAAGACAGUCAUGGACGGGCUUAGAAGUCUUAAUCCUGUCACUGUUCCUAAAGAUAUUGACAGAAACCUAUUCAUUACAAUUGGACUAAACGUGCAAAAAUGCCGGUCCAAGAAUCCCCAAAAAGAUUGUCAAGCUAAAGGGGGUGGAGUCAUGGCUGCUUCCAUGAAUAACAUCAGCUUUAGUAAACCUAACAUCUCAAUUCUGGAAGCUUACUACAAGAACGUCAGUGGGUACUUCACUCAAGAUUUUCCUGGGGUACCCCUGAAGUUCUAUGAUUUUGUGAAUGGGGCACCUAAUAACCCUCCUAAUGACACAAAUUCUCUGAAUGGAACUAGGACCUAUGUCCUUGACUAUGGGACCAAGGUUCAACUGAUCCUACAGGACACAAGCACCGUCUCCACGGAGAACCACCCUAUUCAUCUUCAUGGCUACAGCUUUUAUGUUGUGGGUUAUGGUACCGGAAACUAUGAUCCAGAUACAGCCAACUUCAAUCUGGUGGAUCCACCAUACAUGAACACAAUUGGAGUUCCAGUAGGUGGAUGGGCUGCCAUUCGAUUCGUUGCUGACAAUCCAGGGGCAUGGUUUAUGCACUGUCAUUUGGAGAUACAUUUAUCUUGGGGUUUAUCAGUGGUGCUCAUUGUGAAGAAUGGGGAAGGGCCAUUAGAAAGACUUCCUCAUCCUCCAAAAGACUUGCCCAAAUGCUAGAUAUAUAUGUGUUUUUAUUAGGGUGGAGGUUGACAAAAACAAACCUGGAAAGUUUAUAUGUUUCCAAUUGGAGAUUCUUUGACCAACCAAGUGUGCAAUAGCCGAUACACUGCUAUUCUAUUUUUCAAAGAAUUGGCAAUUGUUGACAUUUUUAAGUUUGUGCAAUAGAAUCGGAACUUGUCUUUCUUUUCCCAUCCGUUUGUCUUUUGCAUCAUGACAAAGCUUCCUUUACGCGGCAUACAGACAUAUGCAGGUAGGUAGGGUUUUGGAUACAGGAAAUUGGAAAAUGAUUGAUCACUAAUACGAAAUAUAGAGGCCGUUUGGAUUGGCUUAUAAGUUGUUUUCAGCUUUUUUUGAGUGUUUGGCUGGUCAACUUAAAGUCAUUUUGUGCUUAAAAUAAGUCUCAAUAAAUAGUUGGG